GAGGCGAUGAGGCAGACCCACCGCAAGAGAAAGGCCUCUAGCGGAGAUUUGACUUCGACGCCGAAGCGGAGAGCCUCGUCGACGCUCAGCCUGGGCACUGAGGGCGCCAGCCAGGAGCCCGAGGCCAGCCCCCGGAGGGCGCAGGCUGGGGGCGACCCCGCGGCGCAGGCGCCAGGUCCCGGCGAAUCCGCCGCGGACAAGGACGCCUCGCCGGCGGGGCCGGGCCUCCAGAAGCAGGAUUCCACCAUGUCCCUCGGCGGCGAUGCUCCGGCGGGCGGAAAGGGGCUCGUUGACGACAAGCAGCGGGACAAGGUCCGGCAGAAGCUCGUCGAGGCCCUCGGGAAGGCGGAGGCCAUCGAGACGAAAGGCGACGAACAGGGGAACGACGAGAUGCGUGAUCCCCAGCUUCUUGGCGCAGAGAUCGAGCAGGAGCUCUUCAAUGCGAUACCCAAGAAGGACGCGUACAUGAAUCAGGCCAGAUCGCUCCUCUACAACUUGAAGGACCCUAAGAACUUGACAUUCCGGUUCAAGCUCAUGGUGGGGUUCUACAAGCCCAAGGAUGUUCCCAGCCUGAACGCAGAGGAUAUGGCGAGCGACGAGAAGAACGCGCAGCGAGCCAAGCAGCGGCAGGAUGCAAUGGAGGA